UUCAUCCCCACUACUUAACCUCUUAACCGCUACAUCAUCAAUAUUUCGCCUCUCUUCUCUUUUUCCCCAGAAAAUAUCAAUGGAAAUGCUAAAUCACCAUUAUUUGAUAACAUUUGCACUAUUAUUGCAUCAAUCAUACGCUAUGCAAUAUUUGGUAGGGGACUCUAUUUGGACUAUCCCUCCUAUGAAUAACUUCUACACCAACUGGUCUUCUUCCCAAGUUUUCAUCCCUGGAGAUACUCUUUAUUUUGACUUUGAUCCAGAACUUUACAAUGUGAUGCAAGUAUCAAGAAGAGAAUAUGGACUUUGCACUGCUGAUCACCCUUACAAGGUUUACACAGAUGGUCCAGCCAACAUUACUUUGAUGGAGCCAGGGGUUUUUUACUAUAUGUGUAGCAUCUUAAACUACUGUGCUUUAGGCCAGAAAUUGAGUGUCACUGUCCUUCAAAACUACUCAUCCAACACCUCGCCUUCGCUUUCGCCUUCGCCUUCGCCUUCGCCUUCGCCUUCGCCUCCCCCGGGUUAGCCUCGAUUGCCACCUUUUGUUGGCAGGGACGGAUAUAGAGUGUAAUAUAUGGAUUCAGCAAACUCCUUAGCUAAUUAAGUUAGAUUUAUGUAUGUGUUAAGAAAUCCGUAAAAUAUGAAUAAAUAUAUCAAAUUCCAAACCUAAUUAUUAGUACUUGAGAUUACAAUCCUAAAAUCUCGAACUCGUAAAAUUUAAAUUCUGAAUUCACCACAUUCUGCUAGAACCAAAUAUUUUGUUUUUGCUCUCUCUCUCAUUAGCUUGAUUUGCUGUUAAGAUUGAUCUUGUAACCUACAGUGGAGUUAUA